AUGAUCAGCAGGAAGCACUGUUGGGUUAUAAGGAGGUAUAAUGGUAGUCACACCUGUACCAGAGCCACCAUUUCUCAGGAUCAUUCUAAGCUGGAUUCGGUCACAAUUGUAGAAUUCAUCAAGCCGUUGGUCGAGGCUAACCCCUCGUUAAAGGUAAAAUCAGUUAUUGCAGAAAUGCAGUCGAAGUUCAACUACACCGUCAGUUAUCGGAAAGCAUGGUUGGCUAAGCAAAAGGCAGUAGAAAAAAUAUACGGAGGUUGGGAAGCAUCGUACGAAGCAUUGCCUAUAUGGUUUGAGGCCAUGUGUCAUAAGGAGCCAUCAGUUGUUGUCCAUUUUGAGACUAUGCAUGCAUAUCAAGGCGAUGACUUGGUGACUGAUAUUCGGGUAUUGCAUCGAGUAUUUUGGAGUUAUUACCCCUGCAUUAGAGCAUUCAGACAUUGUAAGCCAAUUGUCCAGGUGGAUGGGACUCACUUGUAUGGAAAUUAUAAGGCUUGUCUGUUAGUGACAGUUUCACAGGAUGGCAACAACAACAUCGUCCCCAUUGCGUUUGCUAUUGUGGAGGGAGAGACUUCUGAUGCGUGGCACUUUUUCCUCAGUAACCUGCGACAACAUGUCACUCGGGAUAGUGUGGGGCAGAUAUCCGACCGACACGAAUUCAUCAAUGCAGCAGUGGCACGCAGUAACGGAGCUUGGUCACCUCCCAGAGCUUUCCACAUGUUUUGCAUCAGGCAUAUAGAGUCGAAUUUUCUGAGAAAAUUCAAGGUACCGUACCUACAAAAACUGGUCGUCAAUACAGGUUAUUCACGGAUGGUGCGCGAGUACGAAGUGCAUUAUCAGCGUUUACAAGAACGGGGCGAGGCUUACAGUAACUGGUUAGACCGAAUUUCCCGCGAACAGUUUGCGUUGGCAUUUGAUGGUGGCUAUCGAUGGAGCCACAUGACGACGAACCUAGUAGAAUGCAUCAACUCAGUAUUGAAGGGUGCACGCAAUCUACCCAUUACUUCUCUUGUCAAGGCAACAUUCUACAGACUUAACGAGUUGUUCACCCGAAAAAGAGCCGAGGCGGAAGCACGGAUUAAUGCUGGACAUGUUUUUUCGGAAGUCGUGACCUCAAAGUUGCCUGCAAACCAGCUAGGAUCAGAAAACAUCCAAGUCAGUUGCUUUGACCGGCAAAAUGAGGUCUUUGAGGUGCGUGAGAUGCCAAGUGGACUACAAUAUGCUGUCGACCUCCGGCAACAACGAUGUGACUGUGGUGAGUUCCAAGUGGACCGGCUUCCUUGUCGCCAUAUAUUUGCAUGUUGUGCAAAUCAACGACUAGAUUGGCAAGUUUAUGUCCAUGAUGUGUAUAAGAUGGACCAGGUUCGACGGGUGUACCGAGCCAGGUUUAGGCCACUGGGGAAUCCUACUACAUGGCCCGCUUACAAUGGACCUCGCUUCGUACCGAAUCUGUUCCUGAGACGCGUAACCAAAGGUCGCCCUAGGAUGACACGCUUCUUGAAUGAGAUGGAUACGCGAAUACUACGUCGCCCCAGGCGAUGUAGACAAUGUGGGGCUAAGAGACACAGCCAUAGCAGAUGCCGUCAGACAGCUGGUGCAAAUGCUGACAGAGAUGCUCAGUAG